UAUUAUUAUCAUUAUCCGAUAUUACUAAUGAGUAAACCUCUAGCAACAAGAUAAAAAGCGAAUUUUUCCUUCUGUGAAAUGAAAUUCGAAUUUGGAGAGACAAAUAAAACGAAUUUUAUCCUCCUCUAUUGCGUAUGUAUAUAGAAUUUAAAUAGAGAAAAAAUAGAAUAGAAAUAUAGAGUUUUGCAUCUUUCUAUAUCUCCCGAAAAUUCUAUUUUUACUAAUAAUCCCUGUUCUUGGAUCGGAUUCUAACGAAUCGAAUCUUUCGACAAUUUGUAAUAAACUCUUUCUUUAUUAAAUUCAAAAAUGCAAAUUAGAAGACAAGAACAAUAGAAUAAUAAGAAAAGUAAGAAUAAAGUAAGAUAAUAAAGAAAGUGGAUUAUCUUAUCAUAUACAUCUAUUUUAUUUGAUUUAAAAAGAUGGGCAAGUCCUUUUAUUUAAUUCUACAUUCCUUGCACUUAUUAGAUAUCUAUUAGAUAUAUAGAUUCGCUUAGAUAUACUUAGUAUUUAGAUAUAAUUAGUAUAAUAUACGAAUUAUAAUAUAAUCGUUAUAAGAUAUAUUUCUAACUAAACAAUAUAACAAUAACAGGUACAAAUAUUAAAUUGAGGUACCCAUUUUAUGACAACUUUCAGCAGUUUUCCCUCUAUUUUUGUGCCUUUAGUAGGCCUAGUAUUUCCGGCAAUUGCAAUGGCUUCUUUAUCUUUGUAUGUUCAAAAAACUAAGAUUUUUUAGAUUCGAUGGGGCCAAGACCAAAUCUUAUCUAUUUUUUUUCAAGACUUAGAUGUCAUGGAUACCUAUUUAGUAGAAUAUUGUAUAACAUCCGGCUUACCCGAACCGAACAUAAAUGAAAAAGCCCCUCUUAUGCAUACGUAAACAUGGUAUAGGGUUAAAUGAAUUAUAGCAAGUGGAUCGGUACCGAACGGAUGUAUGAAAUUAAAGUCUAUAUAUCUAGUAGAUCCGUAUAGGCGAUCAUAUAAAGGGGAUGAUUUUAGAUCGAAGCAAUUUGAUGAAUUCCUUCUAAAAGUUCAUAUCAAAAUAGUACUAGUUGAUGAGAGUUACUUCGGAAACAAAAAAAGUAAAGUCGAAUUUUUUUGGUUAUUCUCUCAAUUCGAAUAAAAUGCAACUGGAUCUAGUAUGUAUGAGUUGGCGAUCAGAAUCUAUAUGGAUAGAAUUUAUAGUGGGAUCUCGAAAAACAAGCAAUUUUUGCUGGGCCUUUAUCCUUUUUUUUGGUUCAUUAGGGUUUUUAUUAGUUGGAACUUCUAGUUAUCUUGGUAGGAAUUUGAUAUCUUUAUUUCCGUCUCAGCAAAUAGUUUUUUUUCCACAAGGAAUCGUGAUGUCUUUCUAUGGGAUCGCAGGCCUCUUUAUUAGUUCCUAUUUGUGGUGCACAAUUUUUUGGAAUGUAGGCAGUGGUUAUGAUCGAUUCGAUAGAAAGGAGGGAAUAGUCUGUAUUUUUCGUUGGGGUUUUCCUGGAAAAAAUCGUCGCAUCUUUCUACGAUUCCUUAUGAAAGAUAUUCAGUCCAUCAGAAUAGAAGUUAAAGAGGGUAUUUAUGCUCGUCGUGUCCUUUAUAUGGAAAUCAGAGGCCAGGGGGCCGUUCCCUUGACUCGUACUGAUGAGAAUUUGACUCCGCGCGAAAUUGAACAAAAAGCUGCUGAAUUGGCCUAUUUUUUGCGUGUACCGAUUGAAGUCUUUUGAAAUGAAUUGCAGAAUAAAAGCUUUCUCGCCGGGAGGAAAAAGCUCAAUCCAAGAAUCCUCUUUUUUCUAUAGCAGAACUAAACUGAAGUUUCUUCAGAAUGCCCAUUCAAACCAAAGCGGAC